ACGUCGUGACGUAACCCAGCAUUAGACGCACUGAGCGGAAAGAAAUCAUAACUGUAGCUUCUGCUUCUGAACCGUCUCUGCUGUAGACAACCACACAAGCCAACCACAUUGAGCACUUCUUCAGGAUUCGCAUUGCACACUGAGCUGUUCUAACUAUACUGUCUAUGGUUCUAAAAGUCUAUGUUUUUUCCUGCCCCCCCCCAGCAGUUGCCUUUCGUACCCGGGUUUGUGUUUAAAUCUCCAGCCUGGAGGGACAGAGCAGAAGUAAAGGGAGGAAGAACACGGAUUCACGGACUGAAACUGUGAAGACAUGGGGGCUGUUCUGGGGGCCUUUUCCUUCGCAAGCUGGGUGCCGUGCCUGUGCAGCAGUGCAACCUGUCUGAUGUGCAGCUGCUGCCCGGGCACCAGGAACUCCACGGUGACCAGGAUCAUCUACGCCUUCAUCUUGCUGAUGGGGACCAUCGUCGCCUGCAUCAUGCUUUCGCCUGGUGUGGAUCAGCAGCUAAAAAGGAUUCCAGGUUUCUGUGAAGACGGGGCUGGCUCCUCUAUCCCUGGUCUGCAAGCUGAUGUCAACUGUGAAAUGUUUGUGGGCUACAAAGCAGUGUACCGCAUCUGCUUUGGCAUGAGUAUGUGGUUCCUGGGCUUUGCCAUUCUUAUGAUUAACAUCAAGAACAGCAGAGACCCCCGUGCUGCCAUCCACAAUGGAUUUUGGUUUUUCAAGUUUGCUGCCUUGGUGGCAGUUACAGUCGGUGCCUUUUACAUUCCAGAUGGGCCAUUUACCUACACUUGGUUUGUCGUGGGCUCUGGCGGAGCUUUCUGUUUCAUUCUGAUCCAGCUGGUGCUGCUGGUGGACUUUGCCCACUCCUGGAACGAGUCCUGGGUGGACAAGAUGGAGACCGGCAACUCCAGGGGCUGGUAUGCAGCUUUGCUGAUGGUCACUAUCCUCAACUACAUCCUGUCAUUUAUUGCUGUCGUGCUGUGCUUCCUCUUCUACACCAAGCCUGAUGGAUGCUCUAUCAACAAGUUCUUCAUCAGCUUCAACAUGUUGUUCUGCAUCGUGGCCUCUGUUGUCUCUGUGCUGCAUAAAGUACAGGAGUCUCAGACACGUUCAGGUCUUCUUCAGUCCUCCGUCAUCACCCUGUACACCAUGUACUUGACCUGGUCUGCCAUGAGCAAUGAGCCUGACGAAGAAUGUAACCCCAGCCUGCUGAGUAUCUUUCAGCAGAUCGCAGCCCCCACACUGGCCCCUCUGGAGGUGGAGAACCAGACAGCUGUGGUGAUCAUCGGCCCAGAGGAACCUGUCUUGACAGCCCCGUACCUGCAGUGGUGGGACGCCCAGAGCAUCGUGGGGCUCGCUAUAUUUGUCCUGUGCAUCCUCUACUCAAGCAUUCGUUCGUCCAGCACUAGCCAGGUGAACAAGCUGACCAUGGCGUCCAAAGACUCGGCGAUCCUGGCGGAGGGCGGCAGCAGCCUGGACCUAUCAGAAGAGUCCACAGGACCUAGGCGGGUGGAGGACAAUGAGCGGGACAUGGUCCAAUACAGCUACUCCUUCUUCCACUUCAUGCUCUUCCUGGCCUCACUCUACAUUAUGAUGACCCUCACCAACUGGUACAGCCCUGAUGCAGACUACACCAUAACUAGCAAGUGGCCAGCAGUGUGGGUGAAGAUUAGCUCCAGCUGGGUGUGUUUGGCCCUGUACACCUGGACUCUGGUGGCCCCCAUGAUCCUCACCAACCGAGACUUCAGCUGAUCAGCAACUCCGUCUCUGGCUUCACUCGGUCCUCUACAGACCUUUCUUUACAGAAACUCUGACCAUAUUGCCUACAUUUUACUUUCGCAAUUUAUACUUUUAACUGGAGCGCAGUUUCAUUAUUUAAUAAAGUUAACAAUUGGUCGGAUUCAGAGAUGCCAUAACAGCUGCUUCAGGUAUUAACUGCAGUGAUUUCAUAGAUGCGAGGACAAUUACACAUGUUCCACUGAAGCACAAAAACACACUUGAAGAAAAACAAUCCAUUUGUUUGUGCAAAUUUAUGUCCACAAUAGGGCUGCAUGAUAUGAGGAAAAUAUGCGAUAACGUUGUUGAAAUCGCGAUAAUGAUACAGAUAUUAAAGUGCACUCCAUUAUGCUUUUCUGCUGCUUUCAGUAUUCUGCUAAAAUACAAAAAAUUGCAUGCUGAGUUUUAAACAAAUGAAAGGAAAUCAUUUCCAUCAUUCUUUUAUUAAACAAAUUGAACAUUGAAUUAAACGUAAAAGGCAUAAAAAAAAAUCUCUGAGUGUCUAUCACGAUAUGUCACAGCCUUUCGUGAUGCGUUUAUUGCGGCAGUUGUGAUGACGAUAAAAAAACUAUAUAUCGUGCAGCCCUAGUCCACAAUAAAACCAGUGUCACAUUUUGAUAUUACGUGCUCUUAAUCUAAAAUAAUUUCUGCUGUAAGAACAACAAAUAGUCAUAUUUCAUCAAAUACUAACAUUGUUUACACUGCUUGAAAAUAUGAAUGUAUUACAGUAUUAAUAAUGAGGGCUGGUUUGUGAACUGCACACAGUAGUAAACUCAUAGUUUGCUGCUAUGCCUUCCAAUGCCUUAUAUGUCUCAAAUGUUUCUGAUAUGUGAAUAUAUUGAAUAUAUUAAGAGUAAUAUGAAGUACAUGAAUGUAGUAAACUAUGAUUAGUAAACAUUCCUGCAAUAUGACUCAAAGUCAAGUUUCUGCCAAAUAUGUAUGGUCCAAGAUAUUCAAUGUGAAGGUGUCUUUGAGAUGUGAUCAUUUCAGGUUAAUAUAAAUCCACACAGUAACACAACGGUACUAAACACGCAGAUACAAUCAGAAGAUUAGUUUAAAGCUGCUGUGGGUUAUGGUUUUAUUAUUUUCUGUGCAUCAUUGUAUGACUCCAAAUACAAAGUAUUACAGAAGGGCUUUAAAGAUGAUUAUGACUUUACUUGUAUAGAAUGUCAUCUUUUUUUAAUCCAAAAAAUAAGUUGUGUUUUGUAAGACAUGUCAGUGAAUGGUAAUUGAAUGGUUACAUAUGUUUAAGAAUGAAACCUGAUUCAUAUGACACAAAAUUACCAAAUGCCUUGUAAGCCAAAGUGAUGGACUGUAGUUCUAGUUACUGUGAUAUGUGUGAGUUCUCAGUGCUUCUGCAAUUUCUCUACACACUGAUUUAUGUUUGCUAUGGCUCAAUGUUCACUACAGAGGUACAAUGUGCAAAACUCUUAACAUGAAUAAAUGAGCUGGUCUGUCUUG